CCAAAAUCUUAUCCAUACACCCAAACCCAACCUUCACGGCUUCACCCGACCCUCAGCCUGAAGGCUUGCAGACCCACUUCUCCACAAGCACGGUGUGGAUGCGUCUCGCCGCGCGACUCGAGGAUGCGGCGCCCUCUGCUCGUUUGCUCCCUCCGUUGCUCCAUCUACUCCGAUUCGCCGACCUCCGCGAGCCCUGUCCAAUCGAUGCUGCUGCCCGUCCCCAGUCUCCUACAGUCCUACCCAAGAAGACGCUGAAGCAGGAGCGCCGCUGCCGCCAGAUGCAGCACGAGCGAAUCUACAUCGUAUCUACAGAUUUGCUGCCUUCUUAAUUGAUUUCUUUGUUUCUUGAUCAAUUCAUGGUAGCGUUCUUAUCUAGUUUCUUUGUUUUUGGUUCGAUUUGAUGGGUGAUUUCUUUUGGUUGUAGAUGGAUUCAUGGGAGACAAACAAGAUAGGCUGUGAAUCCAUUUGUUUCGCUCUUUGUUUUUGGUUCGAUUGACAGGUGAUUUCUUUUGGCUGUGAAUGGAUUCAUGGGAGACAAACAUGAUAGGUUGUGGAUUCAUUUCUUUCGCUCUGGCUUCCACGUCAUUCUACGGUGUGUUCGACGGACACAGCGGCCGUGGACUUCGUCUCCGAGAGGCUCGGCAGGAACGUCGUCUCCGCAGUGGUGGCCGCGGGAACGGGAGACGCACGGUGAGCCAUGGUCGGCGGCGGCGGCUGCGGCGGAGGAGGACGCUGUCUCGGCGGCGAUCAGAGCGGCCUACCUGGCCACCGACCACGAGCUCCUGGCGCAACAUCAGGGUGAAAGCGGCGGCGGCGGUGCAUGCGCCACAACGGCGUUGGUGAAGGGCGGCCACCUCUACGUCGCGCACGUCGGCGACUGCCGCGCCGUGCUGAGCCGCGACGGCGCCGCGGCCGCGCUGACGGCGGACCACACCUGCUCCCGGGAGGAGGAGCGGGAGCGCAUCGAGCGGCAGGGCGGCUACGUGAGCCGCAGCGGCAGCGGCGGCGUGUGGCGGGUGCAGGGAAGCCUCGCGGUGUCGCGCGCGUUCGGCGACGGCGCGCUGAAGCGGUGGGUCGUCGCCGACCCGGCGGUCACCAGGGUGGCCAUUGAUGCUGGGUGCGAGUUCUUGGUCAUGGCGUCCGACGGGCUCUGGGACAAGGUCAGCAACCAGGAGGCCGUCGAUGUCGUCUCCGGGAGGCGGGCGACGGCGUGCAGGGAGCUGGUGGACAUGGCGCGGCGCAGGGGAAGCAGGGACGACGUCACCGUCAUGGUCGUCGACCUCGGGAGGUUUGUAUGGUAGAAACUGUCCAAGGAGGGCAGCAAGAGGAGCUGAUGAUCCGCUGACUGAGCACCGAUGAAUCGAGUUUAACUUUUAAUGGAGCAAAAAAUUAGUUUGCUUUGCGAUUACGGAGGAUGAACUGACGAUAGAGUUCCUUGGCGGCUUGGCCGACUCACUGACUAAUUGCCUGGAGAGGUGAAGUGUACAUAACUACAUAUAUAGCAUAUACAGUUCGAGAUUUUUUCUAUAAAUAUGUCUCCGUAAAACUGUUGCUGAAA